AAAAGCUACACAAGAGUGAGUAUUUAAAGAAAUGUCGUGACUGCGGAUAUAUAUGUCAUGUAGAAGCUAGGAGAAAGAGCUGGUUAGGUUGUUCUGAAGGAGCAGAGCAUCCUUUUCUGUUGUUCGCUGUCCUCAAGGCGGUGCGUAACCAGUGCGUAAAGUUGGUACCAAUCGGGCGUGUCUGUGGACCCAACCCCUAAUAUGUGUGCGUGGGAUGUGCUUUAAUUUAUAGCAGCUUAAAAAGAAAACAAAAAAAAGACCUCAAUAAGUCCAAUCGAGGCACCAGAAAAAGAAAAAAGGGGGACACCAUAGACCAGAGCAGACAAUGCGGUUGUUUCUUCUUUUGAGCUGCCGUGAGCAUCUUAAAUGCUGAAAGAAGAUGACUUGAACAUGCUGGAAUUUUUUUAAAGCUCCAUUUAUCAUUGUUUUUCUACAUUUUUCCCCCCCUCCAAACCGGUGAUUAGAUUUUUACCACAAAAAGAUGAAAUUCCCAAUAGAAACCCCGAGAAAACAAGUGAACUGGGACCCGGAACAAGUGGCGGUCCAGACCAACUUGGCCCCCCCAAAGAAGGCCCAGUCCGGCAUGGUGAAGUCCAGCCUGGUCCAGGCCAGCGUUGCCACCAUGCAGAAUCCCAUGGGUUGCGAGCCCAAGGCCAACGGUCACUGUGCACUGCCUCGCCUCUCCAUCUCCUCGCGCUCGGCCAGUGUGGUGGCCAGCAUGGAUGCCAGCUGCGAUGGCUCGACAGGUCUGGCGGCGCUCCACUCGGUCAUGAAGUGGAAGACGGUCCUGGCUGUGUUCGUGGUGGUGGUCCUGUACCUGGUGUGUGGGGGUCUGGCGUUCAGGGCGCUGGAGCAACCGUUUGAGAGCGACCAAAAGACUAGCAUCACCAUGGAGAAGGCUUCUUUCCUGGCUAGACAUCCAUGUGUUACGCCGGAUGAACUGGAGGCUCUCAUCAAGCAUUCUAUCGACGCCGUGAGUGCUGGCGUCAGUCCCAUUGGAGACACGUCCUACAAUUCCAGUUACUGGGACCUGGGCAGCGCCUUCUUCUUCGCAGGAACGGUCAUCACAACCAUCGGUUAUGGAAACAUCGCUCCCAGCACAGAGGGUGGAAAGAUCUUCUGCAUCCUUUACGCUAUAUUCGGCAUCCCGCUUUUUGGCUUCCUGUUGGCUGGGAUUGGAGAUCAGCUGGGCACCAUCUUUGUUAAAAGCAUCCUGAGGGUGGAGAGGAUCUUCAGACAAAAACACAAACAGAUCAGUCAGACGAAGAUCCGCGUGACGUCCACCAUCCUCUUCAUCUUUGCCGGCUGCAUUGUCUUCGUCACCGUGCCGGCUGUCAUCUUCAAACACAUCGAGCGCUGGACCACGCUGGAGGCCAUCUACUUUGUGGUCAUCACUCUCACCACAGUGGGAAUUGGCGACUAUGUGGCGGGUGGAAACCGCACAAUCGAUUAUAUGGAAUGGUACAAGCCGCUGGUGUGGUUCUGGAUCUUGGUGGGUUUGGCCUACUUUGCUGCCGUCCUCAGCAUGAUUGGAGACUGGCUUCGAGUGCUGUCCAAAAAGACCAAAGAGGAGGUUGGAGAGAUCAAAGCUCACGCCGUCGAAUGGAAGGCCAACGUCCGAGCAGAGUUCCGAGAGACGCGGCGUCGUCUGAGCGUGGAGAUCCACGACAAGCUACAGCGCGCCGCCACCAUCCGCAGCAUGGAGCGCCGCCAGCUCGGCCUGGAGCAGCGGGCCCACUCCUUGGACAUGCUGUCCCCGGAGAAGAGGGCCGUGUUUGCCAGCCUGGACGCUGGUCGCUUCAAGACCUCCUCCCAGGAAAGCAUUGACAUCAAGCUGAACAACCUGCGCCUGAAGGGGGCCUGCGAGACUUACGAGCACGGUGGCGGCGAGCAAACGCCGCAGACCUCUUCAUCCUCCGAGGAGAACCUCUUCAACCUGCGCUUUGGCUCGCUGACCAAGCUGGCCAGGCGUGGUAAGAACAUCCGGAGGAACAUCCUGGGGGACUCCAGACGGGCUAGCAACGGGAGCGCCGUGGUGGACGAAGAACGGGGCGAGGAUGGCACAGAGGACGCAGAGCUGGAAGAGGAACGGAAAGAGAGGAACACCAGUUUGAACAACCUGUCGCAGUACUCUGUGGAACGAGCCAAGCUGAAUGGGGGCAAACAGCGGGAGAAUGCUGAAGGGUAGACACGGAGGAUAAGGGGGUCCAGUUGGAGUCUUUUCAACUGAAAGUACUCCAAGACUCCAAGAAUUGUUCCUGUUCCGGGGCCAAAACCUACACUGGUGUGCUUUAAACUGGUAGAAAGUCAAGCGUGCUUAAGACGUACCCUUGAGGAGUCCCAACGGUUGAAGAAAUGUGCCUUUCGGUUUCCUCAGUUUGCUUUUUCGGGAAUCUCAGUCUUCGUGCCAUAAAGCCACGGAAAGAAAAACCUGUUGCCAAAACAAACUAAAGAGACAAACAACAAGAGGCUGCGGUCUUUAUACCUCAUCAUGGCAAGCUUUUAUCUCUCGUUAACUCAUUUUCCAUUUUCCCAAACAAACGCGGACAGAGCGAGAAAUCCUCCGUCUUCGCCACCGACCGGCCUCGUGACGCCGUUUCCAUUUUUAGACUCCUGCUGCUAAACGCCAUGUCGAAUGAAAGAAAGGAAAAAAGGUCCUGAUCAAUGAAACGAACAAUUACCCCAACACGCUUUUUUGACUGUCGCCAAUCGCCCACGUCGAUUGCAAGAUCGUCAUUUUGAAAUGCGCUUUUUUUUUUUGUAACUAAACACAUUCAGAUUGUGUGUUGAAUGUGAUUAAUGAAUGGGUUUUUCGUAAUUACAAGCAUGUUUUUCUAUAGGUCUCUUUUGAUGAUUUUUUUCCCUUCAUCUUAAAGGUCCCAUAUUGUACUACUUAUUUUCAACCACUUUAGUCCCACAGUAGUGACUAAAUGCAAAGCCCCUGAUGCUGGGAUUUUAGCUUUAGUGCUAAUGUGUUUGUCUUUCCAACAGUGUGUGUGUCUCCGGGAAGCGCUAUUGUGCACUUUAUCCACUUUUUUACAAAUACACUGUAUCUCAAUAUAACCCAAUAGACGCCAUACAUCACAUAUACUGCAUUUCACAUCCAACGACAUAGUAAGUUAUGGGACAGGCGGACACAAACGUUAGCGACAUUAGCAUAGCUAUGUUAG